AUGUUUGCACCAACCAAGCCGCUCGAAACCGCAACAGCCCCUCUUCCCAUUCAGGCGCCUGCCGAUACAACAACGCAAGGAGCAUCUAUUCCUGCUACAACCGAGACUAUCUCGCAGCCAGUACCUGAGCUCGCUCCGGAAGUACCUCCAGCCAUACCUGAGCCUGUCCCGGAAGUACCUCCAGCACCGAUCUCAAAUGUGACCCAGCCAGAGUCUCUACCAGUAGCCGAGCCAGCUUUACAAGUGCCUGCCGUAGAACCAGUGGCGACAGAACCUGUAGCGCCUCUUCCUACAGCGUCGAUUCCUGAAGCGUCACCCCCCACAACUUCACUUCCCGAGGGUUCGACCGCUACAGCGCCUGUUCCUGUGCCUUCUAUCCCCGCAGCACCUCUGCCGGUAGCAUCGCUUCUCACGUCAUCUCUACCCGUGGCAUCUGUGCCAGCAGUGCCUCUUCCUGAGAACCCGCUGCCAAUAGCUUCACUUCCCGAGACGACGCUCCCCAUAGCACCUCUUCCUGUGGCAUCGAUUCCUACGGCAUCGAUUCCUACGGCGUCAAUCCCUGAGACGGUUCUAACAGUAACGUCUCUUCCUGUGGCGUCACUUCCCACAGCUUCAAUUCCUGAAGGGGCAGUCCCUACAACAUCUCUUCCUGUGGCGUCUGUGCCAGUGGUUGCUCUGCCAGUAGCAUCUCUUCCUGAGGUAUCUCUCCCAGCAGCGGCUCUUCCAAGUGUACCAACGGCCCUUCCUACUGCAGGGACAGGAUUGCCUCUGCCGGUUCCUACUACACCAUUACCCACCGCUGCACCCGAGACACUAGCAAAUGCAGCAUCAGGAUUAGCUCCGUCGGUUGCAACGACUACUAAAACUAUGCGCAAACGUGACAUGAUCAAGCUGCUCGGACCGUUGCUUAAAGUCAUACCCGGAUGCAUUCCCCUUCUCGUGCUCCUCGCCCAGAAGAGUGCAGCGGGUGUAGACAUCAAGCCGAUUAUCGAAGCCAUGGUAUUGGCUGCGGGCCCGUGA